GCCUUAGUAGUUAAAAAUAUAUGAGCCGAAAUAAAGGCCUGUUGACCUACUUUAAUCCUCUCCUGAACCCAACAAUGAAACCUUAAGAAGCUCACGUUACACAAGACAUAAACAAACGGAAAAAUGAGGAAGUAAUUUGAAUCGCGUGUACUUUAAGUACAAAGUAUGAGGUCAGGAUAGAUCAGUUCAGUUUACCAUGGCGAAAAUGGUUUCAGGUAAGACUCUGCUGUCGUUCGUAGUGAUUCUUUUCUUGGUGGCUUGUGUUCUGGAGGUACAUGAGGUGCAAGGUACGAGUCUCACGAACAAAGAUCAAGGACAGAAUCAGACGGAAAUGAUGGAACUUUGGAAGAAAUUGCAGGCAAGAAUGGAAAAACUGGAAGCAAAGAUAGUAUUCCUUCGAGGUAGAGAUGGUCGCGAUGGCCUGCCAGGAAUGCCAGGAACGCCAGGUUAGAAAAAUAAUAGGAACGACUAAUUUUGAGAGGUGCGCCUGGUGUGAGGGGCAUGCCGGGAAGAAAUGGACCACAAGGACCCAGAGGUUAUCGUGGACCAGGAGGAGUGGUGUACGUACGAUGGGGAAGAACCACGUGUCCUUCGGGUGCCUCACUUGUCUACAAAGGUCGUAUCGGGGCGAGCGCUAUGGUCAUUCAGGYGGAGGUGCUAAUUACGUGUGUCUUCCUGAGACCCCCAAAUAUGGAAGAUACAAGAAUGGCUAUCAGAACACUGCGCUCAUGUAUGGUACAGAAUAUGAAGUUAGCCGCUUUAAUCAAUUCACAAGAAACCUUCACAAUCACGAUGCCCCGUGUGCUGUGUGUUACGUUACAACACGAAGCACCAAGAUGAUGAUCCCUGCGACUUACGCGUGUCCUUCGGGAUGGACACGAGAGUACAAUGGAUACCUCAUGAGUGAAAGGUACAAGCAUUCUCAUUCAUCAAACUUCAUUUGUGUUGAUCAGAAUGCAGAAGCUGUUCCAGGGACAAUUGCUAAUCGAGAAGGUGCUCUACUGUAUCCCGUAGAAGGUGUGUGUGGUUCUCUGCCCUGUCUUCCAUAUGUUGAUGGACGAGAACUGACAUGCGCAGUGUGUAGCAAGUAAAAGUAUUCCUUAAGCUCAUCAAAGAAAUAAUGCUCGAAAGAAAGCUUUUAAUAGAUAGAACUAGGAUUUAAAAUUAAAACAUUUUGAUUAAUUAAUGAUGAGGAAGACAUCUUACAAGUAAAAUUCACCUUAAGAAAAGGUAUUCAUCAACAAUCGUAACUUGUAACAGGACAAGUUGUAGUGAUCGUGUAAAUGAAAAGAUAUUUUAGCUAACAUAA